GCCCCCCGCGCUGCGCCGCGGCCCGUGCGCGCCGCUCGGCGGCGGCCCCGCCAGCGCUGGGCGGCGGGUGCCCGCAUCCCUGCGUCCUCCCUCACCUCGGCGGCGAUCGCCCCGCCGCCGCCGCCGCCUCCCGCCCGCCCCCGCCCCCGCCCCGCCACACGCGCGCACACACGCACACCCGGCGCUGUGUGCGAGGGCGGGCGCCGGGAGACGGGCGGCGAGCGGCAGAGACCACCGCGCACACGCACACACGCACACUCCCUCUGUGCCUGCUCCUUCCUCGCCCCCCGCCGCCUCCCCGGCUCCCCCCCCCCCCCCCCCCCUCCUUUCUCUGCAACGAGCGAGAGAGGGAGAGGGGGGGAAAAAAGCCACUUACAGGGACUGAUGUGCAACUAAUUAAAGGCAGACAGGCUGGUAGCGCCUGCACACUCAAGCCCCCCCAAAUAAAGAGCCUGCUGCGGCAGCUCCCGUGAGGAUGCAGGAGGAGCGGCUGCCCGGCCAGGCACCGACCGCGGGAAUGCGCCCGGAGGAGGAGGAUUAAGCGACCCCCCCCCCCCCGCCCCGUCCCUCUCCCCCCGGUCCCCCACCCCCCCCGCCCCGUCCCUCCCCGCCGACCCCCCCCGGCCACCAUGAACACCAACGUGUGCGUGGAGAGCGGCCCCAACCCCGAGGCGCCGGGGCUGCCCAAGGACAGCCACCUGCCCGAGGGGGCCCUCAACAGCCUUGUGGAUUACAACUCGGAGAUGGAGAGGUACCGCUCCUUCGCCACCUUCUACAAGACCAACGGCGGCGCCUUCCCCCAGGCGGCCAAGAUCGCUCGCAUCACCACCCCCAUCUUCCCCAGCGCCGCCGCCGCCGCCGCCGCCCGCAUCGGCAUGUCCCCCUGGAACUGCGACACCGCCACGGCCGCCGCCGCCACCGCCAUGCUCUGGGGCAGCGGCGGCGGCGGCGGCGGCGGCGGCGCGGCGGGCGGCGCGAGGAAGCCCUCCUCCGCCGCCGCCGCCGCCGCCUCCGCCUCCGCGGCCGCCGCCGCCGCCUCCUCGCUGCACGCCGGCAGGGGCGGCAUGCACCACCGGAGCGACGCGCAGCGGCUGGGUAAGCCCGGCUGCCCGCCGGCCGAGCAGCCCGCCUUGCCCAUGGCGAACGGCAACUUCCUCUCCACCCUCUCCCCCGAGCACUGCCGGCCGCUGGCCGGCGAGUGCAUGAACAAGCUCAAGUGCGGCGCCGCCGAAGCCGAGAUCAUGAACCUCCCCGAGCGCGUCGGCACCUUCUCGGCCAUCCCGGCGCUGGGCGGCCUCUCCCUGCCCCCCGGGGUCAUCGUCAUGACGGCCCUGCACUCCCCCGCCGCGGCCUCGGCCGCCGUCACAGACAGCGCCUUCCAGAUCGCCAACCUGGCGGACUGCCCGCAGAGCCACGCCUCGGCCUCGCCCGCCUCCGCCCUGGGCGCCGCCGCCGGCGCGGGGGGCGGCGGAGGCGGCGGCGGCGGCGGGGGGGCGGCGGCGGCGGGGCCGGGGGCCGGGGCCGGGGCCGGGGCGGGCAACCCCGCCAAGAAGAAGCGGAAACGCUGCGGGGUGUGCGUGCCCUGCAAGCGGCUCAUCAACUGUGGAGUCUGCAGCAGUUGCAGGAACCGCAAAACGGGACACCAGAUCUGCAAAUUUAGGAAAUGUGAAGAGCUUAAGAAAAAACCGGGCACUUCGCUAGAGGUCAGAGGAGAUGAUUUCUUUUUCCCCAGCCUCCCGCCGUCCCUCCUCAACCCCCUGCCCUCCCCCCUCCAGUGCUUCUUGUCUAGCUUCAAGAUGCAGCAUCCCUUUUCCGAGGCCUCCUUCAGGCUCUGAGGGUGCCCCCCGCCGCGGGCGCGGCCCCCCGCGGCGCUGUCCCGCCGCCCGCCCCCUCUCCGCCCCGCAGGGAAGAGAAACGCCGCCCCCCGCGGCGCCCCGCCGAGCUCGGCCCCGGCCCCGGCCCCGGCAGCCGGCCCCGCCGAGGAGGCACGGAGAGCCGCCCCCGGGGCACCCCCGCCGGGCACCCCCGCCGCGCCCAGCCUUCCAGAGCCGGGGGGCGCCCGCCCCCUCCCCGCCAGCUCGUGGCCGUUACGAGACGCUGCUCGCCUGGUUUAACCUGCCGUGCUGUUUCCAUAAGACUGCUGGCUCGCUCUGGUUUCUUUUUUGCCUUUUCCUCUGGUUUUCGUUUUGUUUUGUUUUUGUUUUCAUGACGAUUCGGGGCGGUUUGUAGGGACGGGGAGGUGGGAGAGGGAAAGUUUUAGCCGAACGCCUGGCUCCCGCCGUCGGAAGUUCAGGGGGAAGUAAUGGCGAGUUCAUCUCCGGGUUGGCUGGUAGCUCGUUGUCCAAGACAGCUGGCCGUAGAGCCUGGUAGUCGGUGAAACGUGCCCAAGGAAUCCCUUUGGCAGUAUCUUUCACGAAAUAACCCGCUCAUGGUGUAUAAAACACGAUGGAAGAAUAGUGCAGGUAAUGACCGGACUGAUUUCUGACUAAACUGUAUAUACGGUUAUUUUUACGACGUGUCUGCAGAACUGACAAAUGUACCGCGUUUCCCAGAGCUGUGAGGACAGGUUUUCGGGCUGGCUAGGCGUGUGAGACAGGCAGAUCCUGUGUCACAGACAUUUCAGUUAACGUAUGGGGCACGACAGACAAUGGGAACCAAAAUACACAACCGUAAGGAAAACGGCGAUCGGCUGAUAUCCUUAGGCAAAGGUAGCAAGCGAGAGGAAAGACUAGUAAUCAUACUUAUUCCCUUGUCAUUAUUGAAAUUAUAGUGUUGCUGGUUAGACACACGGAUCAGAUGCGUCUGAAGGUGUCGAGGAUGAUGGAUUUAGUACAGAGGAGUAGCGUAUGCUGGGUGACACCAAGAUUCGUAGUCACAGAAAUUGGCAACUAAGUGAGAAAUUGCAACUUCCCUCUGUCCGGGUGUCUGUGUGCGCGUUUGUGCAGAGCAGUUUAUUCCCUUACACGCUGCUUGCAGUUCUCUCCAAGAAGAGGUGGGAUGAGGGAUUUUCCAGGGAAAGAUUCCAGGCAACACCAAGAGCCCAUUAAUUUGAUCUGCAUUAAAUAAAUGGAGAUAAUGGUGUUGGUAUUGAUACCGCCAUGGGACAAAAGCAACACCCGGGGAUUUAACUGACGUUUGGCUGAUACCAUUAACUCUUACCUAACCAGCCUCAUCAAACCAACCAAUUCCUCCUUGCAAGAGCGAACUGUCCUUGCUGAAAGUUUGAUUUGUAGCUCUGCAUCCUCUUAGCCCUUCUUUGUGAAUGCGCGGUGACCCAGCAUCACCAAUGCAGAAAGACCAGGAUGGACUUCCCAGGUGCUAGAAGCUAGACAUUUCUCAGUGAUACGCCUUUGUUGGUUUCAUAGCAAGUUCGCAAAGAAGAUCCUUAAUGCCCGAGGUCUGUUAAUGACAGAUUAUCAUGCAGAGUACGGCCUAAAAGAGACUCCUCUGAAGCAGAGACGUGGAGAAUCCCCCCUGCACCACCCAGCAUGGGGGGUGCCUUUGUGUGCCAGGUUCCCUCAUUAGGCUUGCAAACCAGGACGCUGCUGGGAUUUAAUGUUUGUGAUAAAUGAUAGGUUCUGAUGGCUUAUCGAUUUGUGCAGAAAGUGAGCUAUCUCUGGAAGAAACGAAUUUGGACGUUAUCAGAUCUUCCUGUGGGUUUGCUUGCAUCUCUGAGCACAUUUCCAGAACUUCCUUGCUCCUGACAGAGGUGUUCAACGGCCUUAAAAACUGCUCAGGCGUGUUAUGAGAAUGCCGCCCGUUAAAAUUGUUUAACUGCUGUGACUAGUAAAAACCAUGGUUUUAUUAGCCACUUGUGUACUCUUCAUAACAACCUGCCUUUGCUUCUUUUCUUCAUUCUCUUUUCCCCUGCUCCCUCUCUCCUGUUUGUGAUCCGUCAGAUACGUAAACACAAAAGGCUCCUCUGCCGCUAUGUCAUGCCUCGAGCGAAGCAGGUUUCUCUUUCCAGCUGUGGGGUUGUCAGUAAGGCAUCGCUUCUCUGCAGGUCAUGGCCCAGCGCAAAGUUUCGUCACGGAUGUGGCUAAUUUCCUUACAGAAAUGUGGAUUUUCAAUAAGAGAGGAAGAGUAACUUUCUUGCAUGGUGGUUUUUCUUCUGUCUUCUUCUUUUCUUCUUCUUCUCCCCCCCUCCCCCCCUUCCCCCCCUGUUUAAACUAACUAAUAAAGAGUGACAGCAGGGCUGCCUGAAGCACAUGUGCAGCAGCAGCGCUCUGGCUGUAAGGCCACCAGCUGGAAGGGUGUGGGAGAGUGACAGGGCCUACAUGGGGGCACCGUGGCAGCAGCGGUGGCUGGGGGUGGCCGAGGGCGGCCUCCCUGCGUGGCGAGCUGCUGGGGCUCCUUCGGUCUGCGCGUGGGUCAUCCCCCAUCACCUCCGUGGGCAUGGUUCCGUGGAAACACGACAAGGAUCGAAGGGCUCGCUUUCCACUACAUGCUUGUAAGGUUUGUGAAUUGUGAUCGACGGUGGCUGCGAGCUGGGGAAGUGAUUCAAGGCAGGGGGCUGAACUGUGUUUAAAAACAAAAUAAACGAAAAAUGAGAAUAAUACCAAUAAACUGGCUGGUCCCACAGAAACCAUUUCUCUCCUUUUCCUUUAAAUCUCUUCUUCUACUGGUGCAAUGAAGGCAUUAGGAUAUAACUCUCAAGGUUAGUACAUGGAGUUGAAGACAGAUUCACAUGAAUGCUUUCCAGUCCCUGACCCUUGCAUCUUUAAUGGAAUGCUUCCCCCCCAAGCAUUUUUUUUUAAAGACUUGAAUUAUUUUUUCCUAUUUUUCUUGUACUGGUUUCACGUUAAAAGUGUCCCGAUGCUCUAGUAUUUUUCAUAGAAUGUUAUUAUUACUAGGAAAUUUUAUGUACGGUAAUAAUAAAUCUAUAAAAAUAAGAUUGACGUCACGUUGCACGCUGCCUACUUGUGUAUGUAUAUUCUGCAUUCAUUCAGAUUUACAGUCGGCUUAAAGAGACAUAAUCUUUAUUUACCCAUAGAGACUACUUAUUUUCCUCUGAUUGGUAUACGUGUCUAUAACUUCUGCAGGUUAUGAAGAUUAGGAGCCUGACGUUACUUUACAUCCCCCUCUCUUUGACGUAAACCAUUUUGAUUCAGGGUGUGAAUCUCAAUUGCCCCGCUCUUCGUUUUCAUUAGCGUGGCAGCAGUGUCAGGCAGAAGGGCUGACUCGCAUUGGCAGGGUCUGAAGGGUUCGGCCCAAACGUGAGAUCCUUGCUGUUUGGGCAUGCUGUCAUCAUAGCUGGUGCCACUUGCUUUAUUCGUAACAGCCCCACUAAUUGAUAUGUGUGCUAUUAAAGUAAACAUUUGCAUACCGACCUGGAAUAGUAAAUACCAGCAUCCAAAUCCGAGGAAGCUCGCUGAGUUGCAUUUCCAGCCAGCGGGAGUUUGAGAUGGCCUUUGCCGGGGAUAGGGUUGUGAUGAUUGAUUUCAGCAGGAACGGCAUCUGAUCCUGAAAAUCUUAACACCAUAUGGCAUUGCCACGGGGGAGAGAGGCUGCGCUGGCAACCUCCGAACUUGCACUCCGUGUUGUGGUAGCGCGCGUGAGCGCUGUUAAGGGAAGACUGCUGAGCUCUGUGGAUAGGGGUCAAUUAGCAGGGGCCUCAGAGGAAGCAAUUUCCCUGCCGUCUAUCUAGCUUUAAAUUACAUGCAUAAGUUAAGCGACGGCACGAUGGAAUUGAGUAGUGUGGAGGGGGAACCGAAAAGCGUGAUAAGGAGCAGGCAGCUAACACGAUCCAAGUGGCUAACUGGAAGGUGGAAAGAAAGACCACCUUGUAGCCUGCAUUGCCAUUCUUCACUGCAGUGUUGCUGUGUGGCAGUGCUCUCCUCCCUGCCACUGCCUUGUUGCCCUCCAUCUGGCCGAGGCUCCCCAUGUGUGAUGUGAUGCAAGCAGGCAUAGAAGCAGUCCCUGUCCCUGGGCGUUUACAGCUGGAGCCACAGUCCUGAGUGCAGUUCAUGGUGGCUACAAGCAGUAAAACCCUGAUCAGCCCUGAAUGCUGGUUUUGUCCUCUCUCCUGGUGUGUGCACGUUGUGCUCUGCCAGAGUGCUCUUGUUUUUCCGUUCCCAGGCCUGAGCCUGCGGGGAGGGCACCUGGCGCUGGAACUGGCUGCUGGCACCACACGAGAGCCCUUGCUGGGGGCUUCCAGCACGGCGCAUGAUCCUGCAGCGAUGGUGUUGGCAGGGAAGGGGGGGAGGCAAGAGGCAGGGCGAGUUGGCGAGUUUUGACCUUUGCUGAACGUUUUGCAAUGGCUUUUGUCACUUUCAUCCAGAUUUUACAUGUCUGCGAUAAACAUACAUUUGGCGAUGAGCUCUCCUUUUGACCGCCAGGGGUUCUUGGGGAUGACACAAGGGCCUCCUAGUGCCACCUCUGUUAGAGACCAGACCAGAGCAGCUGCAGGCGUCUUUGCUCACCGGUUCCUGAUCUCUUCUGCUGCUUGGAAAUCUUGUUGACGCUAUUUGACUUCUGCAUUAAGAUCACAUCUUGCAAGGCGGGAAUGCGUUGUGGUUGGUGGGAGAUGUGAUGUUGGGGAAGGUGUUGAGAGCCCAGCAGAAUCAAGCUGUUGGUCUCCAUACAGUUCUGGCAAAUUACUGAGCCCAAGGGAUAGCCUCUGAGAUGGAGUUGGAUGUCUUCUGUUGAACUGUUUCAUGUGGUGUUGUUUGCCUUUCCUCAUGUGAUACUUAUAAAGGAAAGAAAGUGGCCAAACCCCAUGACAUUAGCAUUCAAUUUAGAAUAUACAUUAUAUGAACUGCUGUUUGAUAUGGUGUGGUUUGUUAAAAGGGAGCAAAAAUUAAGUUUCUCCUGCCUCAGGUAAUAGCUUAGUGGUGGGAUUUGGUACUGAACUGAACAGAAUUUCAAGGAAUUCAGCAAAAUUGUAGGUCAGGCAGAGGCUUAACAGCCUCUUUCAUACAAACACUGCUUUCUACUUGCGUUGGAAAUUGCUUGCUUUAAAUCAUUGAACUAUGAUUGUUUGCCAGUGAAAUUGUCCGUAUGGUAAGAGAGGUUAACGGGUUGUGGUGCUUCUGCAUUUUGAUUGCACUGAAUAGUUCUUUGCACAUUUUUCUAAGUACUAAUAUAGCUUAUACAGUUGCGGCAUCGGGAUUCUGUGCCAGACUUUGGAUUUCAGUGUCGUGACUGAUCGGUUAGUCUAAUUUUUUAAGCUGACAUAAUGAAAUCUCUGUGUAUUGUUUAGGCUGGACAAGUUGCACGUAUUGUGAGAAAGAUGAUGAAUGAAGCCAGGUUUUUUUCUAGAGCAGUAAUUAGCAUAAUAAAUUCUUUUUUCUUUUAUCUUUCUUUUUUUUUUCCCUCCAACAAAUUGUCUAACUCACUUUGAACUACGUAUUUCAGUUGAAGGUGCAUAGAGCCAUCAUGACUUGGACUCUUAUGCCAGCUACAGGACUUCUGGAAAAUCUUAUCAAUUCUGCAUUUGUACAAAAUGUUGUGGGCUGUACACAUCAUGCCUUAUUCAUGUAGGGAGCCUCAUUUAAUCUGGUAGAUAGGUGAAUAUUGUGUUAUAUACUGCUAAGUCAGAGUGGGAAACAGCAAGUUACAGUCUCAAUUUUUGUCUGCUUGUUUAUAUAUGUUCAUAUAAUUGGGUUUUUUGAGCCAUUUUCCAUGCAAUUCUAACACCUUUACUGAAGUCAGGGAAGACUUUGCUCACUUGGCGAAUAAACUAGGAUGUCAGAAAGCAGUCCCUUUUGAAGACCAGCAUCCCGGUACUGCAUUUUUUGUUUUUCAAAAUAAACGUGCUCUAGAGAGUUAAACAAAAGGUAGAUACUAAUUUCUGUACGCUGUGUCAUGUGUUUGAUGCGUAGCAAUGACUGAGAACAUGUGCUUGCCAAAUAUCCUGAAAGUUUGUAUCUGCAAAAAGAAAACUAGUAGUAUUCCAACUCUUAACGUGCAUGUAUUUUAAGGGUUAGGCUUGGUGAAAUAUUUCUAAGCAGGCAAACCUAGAGCGUACACCUUUGUCUCAUCAAAUACAGCAUAAUCCUUUCAAUUGCUGGUUGCAGUGGGAAGCGGCUGCUGAUUGUGUAGGGAAAGGCUUUAAGAUUAAGCUUUGCAGAUGGGCCCAGGUGAGUUAGGAUGAAUGAGAAAGUAACUCCUGUCACCCUAAGAAAGUCCCUGGGACUUGGCCUCAGUUGCUAAGAAUUCCUGAGUCACCGACUAUGUGCUUAAAAAUUGCCAGCACAUACCAUGUCUUCUGAGGAGUACCACCAUCCAAAGAAAGCAUUUCUCUGCUUCUGUAGCGUCUGUAAUUUUUGAUAGCUCAUCCGCUUUGAAUGGUUGUACUGAACCAUGGUGUCUUGAAGCAUGCAGUUACGUUUGACACUUUUUUGCUAUUUGAGAGCCCAGCCUGCUGUGUCUGUCUUCCCUCUUCUUUUGGGUACCUUUAUUGUUUUCCACAGUCGUGUCUUGUUCAGUCACAUGCAAACACCUGCCCUGAAAUUGAAUUACUCUGCGGCGUGAUCUAAAGUCAUCCCCCAUUUCAGCAUCCUGCGCUUCCUCUUGUGUGUUGAGUUAUGUUGCACCAUACUUUAGAUGCGACAGCCAUUUAAUAAUGUUGAAGCCUUAGCUCUGCAGGGGCUAAAAAGAUCCCAGCAGGCUUGUUAACUUCUACUCUCAGACAUUAUGGGAAAUAUUUUCUCCUCCCUGGAACUCCUAGGUUUCCUCUUAACUAACGCUAUAAAAUUCCAUAGUCAGGUAUGCAUGAAGCCUGUGUAAUUUUUUUGCCGUUUUCCAGAGUUUCUCUAUUCUUCCCUGUUUAACCAGGCUCUCCAGUGCCAAGUAAGGUAUGAGAACAUAAAAGGAAUAAAGGCAGCCUGGGUCAUGCUGGAUACUACUUUCUUGGUGGGCAGCAAACUCAUCAAAUGCCUUUCCCUUAUGCACUAUAGGGUUUUAUUCUUUCUCUUGCACUACUUCAGUAUUUUCCUUUAUCUCAGUCUCUAAAGGGUUGGACAUUUUAAAUCUUUGCACCUCUCCUGUCUCAGGACAGUGUUCCUUUCAGUUCCAGACUGCUGUGGUCAUGGUUUCUGUUGUACUUCUGUGUAGGAUCCCUGUUAGCUGGUAUCAGACUUAUUUGACUAGGAGUUAUUUGUAACUAGGAGUUAUUGUAGUGAGAGAGAUUAUUCAGUGGUUUAGGAAGUGGAGAAGCAGUUUAGUAUUUGAGGUGAAGGGAAGAACUUAAUAAAUACUGGAAAAUGAUGGGAAAUCCUAGGGAAUUCAGGAUGGAUAUCAUAUCACCUAAGAUGAGGACAGAGGAGGAGGAAAGAGCUGCCAAGUGCUCAAAUAGAGAAGGAUGCAAAAGUGGUUGAGGGUUUGUUAUAACAUGCAAAGCCUUGGUGAGGUUGUGUCUGCUCCUCCGUAGCAGUGACUCAGUUACCUUGGAGCAGACUGGCCAAGCACGGGAGGUGAUCUGCUGACGGGCAGGGUACCAUGGUAGUGCUGAAGGUGAUGGUGAGAUCUCUCCUGGUGAGAAGAGUGCAGAAUAUAUCUGCUGCUGUGAGCAGGAGGUUUGCCACUAAUAGUUCGGGUGGGGAAGCUGAAGAGCUCACCGGUAACAGUCUUCACAGCAUUUCUAAGGGGGAAGGCCAAGACUUCAUACAGCAGAAGGGGACCGUGGUGAGGGUGAGUAGGGCUUUCCACGUGCCCUUGUUGGCAGGGUAAUCCAGUUUCUUUAAUUCAUAUUUCAAAUUGACUAGAAUUCAUGGAGAGAGUUUGGGCAUUGGGGUGAGCACAUGGUAUGGGAGGAAUCACAUGAUCUAAACAGGUUGUUCAAGAGCUAAGGAAAUUAUAAAGGCAUCUGUACAGACAAGCUGACAGAUGUGAAACAGGGAGGGGAUGCUUGCAUAUGAAAGGCAGAAAAUGAUGAUUUGUUGCAUAAGGACUGAUUGGGCUUAGAAGUUUCUUUGGUGGUGUGUACCGCAUGUCCCAGGGAAGCUGGAGCAUGCUGACAGCACGUCAGUCUCCACUACCUUGAGACAAAGAAUUUGCUCCAUCGUCACGAAAGGAAUACCCAAAAACAACUGUGGUUCAGUGACAUCCAUCCUUCUGCACAUCCUGAUUGCUGGGUGGGGGAUGCAGAGGUGGUGCAGCAGCCUUGGAAGACAGCUGAAGAGCUCUUAGCCAUCUGUGUAGAAGGUACAGGGAGGGCAGAGUGUGAUUAUCGUGGUGCAGUUAAAGAGGUCAUAAAUGGAAAGGGAGAGAGAAGGAGUAUAUAUUGUUAAAUACGUGAUCUCCAAAGUGAGUGGUAUCAGUCAGACAAAGGCUGUUGGUUUUAGAGUGAGCAAAAGAGGAGAAAAUAUAUUUGGAAGGGGUGUGGGUUGGAAUAGCUAGCCAGCAGGGAGUGGGUGAGAGAGGACUCAAUGACACAAGCUUAGUAAUGAUGUAAAACCUGUUCCGUCUAAAUCACCAGUUCAUCUGAGCUCUGGGAGGCAGUGAUCACAGUUGGCUGGUUGCUUAGAAGCUGAUGUAAAAUAAAUUGGAGGUCAAAGUCCAUCAGAGGUGAUAGUGUCAUGAAAAUAAUCACUGAGAUGGGUCUUAAUUGUCAUCCUUGAAAAUUUCAGAAGACAUACCCAGGAAUGAAUGGGGUUCAGAGCCAUUUACAAUCUUUUAAUGUUUUCCCCUCCAGUCAGGAGUUGUGGUGACCUGCUGUAUAAGAGUUUGUGUUGCUGCUCCUCUCUCUGCAUCUAAUCAGGCAAUACAUGGCGCUCACCAGCUGUGAGAGAGCCAAGCUGGCCCCUGUAACCAGUCUUAGGCAUGGGCUGAAAGUACUCCCUCAGCCCAGGUAACUGACUGAGUACUACAUUGGAGUGAAUCUUUUUCUCUUCCCCCCCACCCCCCACGCCCUCCCCCGAAUUUUGCAGAAAAAGAAACAAGCAAGCAGAGGCCAAACAUUCAAUGGAUAUAUUUUUCACUGGCUCUUUUAUCAACAGCCUAUGAAAAAUCCCAAAGGACAGAAGGAGUUAGCUAACCAAUGAGGCAUCAUAGCCGAUUGUAGGUUCCAUGCAGGAGAAAAAGAUGCUGAAGCCUCAGCAGCUCUAGGGGAAAGAGAUUUAAAUUUAGGUUUGGUACUGAGAAACGUGCCUCCCCUCUGCUUGGAGACCAGUCUGUAAGAGAUUACUGUACCCCAGAGCAGCAGUUUGGAGGAUGAUAGAGAUGUCAGCCUGUGAGUGCAAAGAUUUGUACCACUGGAUGAUGAACCAGCAGGGAUUUCUCAUUAAUGGAAUGAAUGUUAACAAGAAUAAUUCUGUUUUGUGAGCUUGUGUGUGUGGGAAGGAUAAAUGAUAGGGACUGAUGGAUGGUCUUCACAGAGAUUUGAUUAGGGAGAAGGUGAAUGGUAGUGUGUGUGAGAGAGAGGGGGGGAGGUGUAUGCACAUGGUACAUCUAUUGCAGAAGGCAGGCACACUUCUAGUUGAUAAUGUCUGACAGAAGAGAGUCAGCAGAAGUAACCAGGCGGGUCCUAGGCAAAAGCAGAAGCUGAGCAGUGGUGUGGGUAUUUCCUUUUCAGUGUCUUUUGCAUUGCCGGGAUUUGGGGUUUAUGUUGCAUGGUGGUAACAAACCUGCAUCCAAGAAUUUCUCUAUAAAACUUUUCUCAGAAACGGAGGUUUCUGCUUUAUGCUAAUAAAAUAUUUGGCUAUUUGAUGCUAAUUCCCACCGUCAGUAUGGGAGCACCGGGUGACAGCUUUUCUGACCUGCUUAGCAUCAGUCUUAGCUCUGAAGUAACACUGUGUUAGAGACUGUACGAGCCCUUCCCCGUCCCUGAAAAAGCAGGAGACGGGCCAGACCUACUGGUUGAGAGGCAGAACCAGCAGAAACAGUCCCUCAUCCUGCCUGAGGCCUUCAGAUGCCGCUGGAAUGUAAAUAAUAAAUAGAAAAAGGCAAAAUAGUCACAUAAGCUGAAUAGGCACUCUAGCAGGUCUAGCAGCCCCAUCCUCAGGGAUAACUGAAAAACCGAAGGGACUGCAUGAAGUGCUUGGGAGAGAUGCAGGAACAGGGAAAGAAGCGUGGAUCCCUUUGGCAGUGAGCUAGGAGAGACCCCUAAGCUGAAACCCCAAACCUCGGAUGUCUUCCCUGCUGCCUUUGCCAGAAAGCAGUUGGGAGCCCUGUCUGAGGCCGGAGAGCGGCCAGCUGGAAGGCAGCUGCCGGGUGGCAGACGGCAGGAGGAGUUCCUGACCCCGGCUUGCCCGGUGCUGCCAGCCCUGCACGCGGGAUGCCAGGCACGGGCAAGCUGGCGGCCAAGCCGGCUGCAUCCCUCGGGAGUGAGCGGGACGGCAGAGGUGGAGACUUGGCUCCGUCCCUGGGCUCGCUGGCCAAAAGAGCUGCGCUGGCACAAGGGAGGGAGUGUGCUGGAAGGCGGCCGCAGCCAAUUACUCCCCGCCCGGGAGGGAAGGGGGAGAGGAGAUGUGUACCUUUCCAGCAGCCUGCCCGCAUCCUGGGGCGACGCUUGUGCUGCCAGCCUCGGUGCAAGCAAUGGUUAGCGGCUCGAGCUGCCUGCCGGGGACUCCAGGCCCAGCGGUGGAGUGUGCGAGCCGCUCCGCUGAGAGCUGGCGUGGCUGCCUUCAGCUGUCGGUGCUUGCCGGCACCGAGAGGGGCUCCGUCACUAACGUGUCCUGGGACUGAGCUGUUUUUCUUUUGACAGCGUUGGUCUGGAUUCCUUAUGAUUUCUCAUCUAUAUUUGCCAUCUGUUUUCCCCAGUGGUGUUAUGCAUUUUUUCAGAUCAAAAAAGUGAAAUUGUUUACCCAUUCUCCAAAUUUAAUCUCAUAUAUAAAGUGAAAAAAAUUAAUAUAGAAAAUAAACUGUGGUGUGUACUGAAUGUAAAUGAGAGGCACAUUUGCUCUUUCUUUCUGCCGUGGAGAAACGCAUUACUCCUCAGACUAAUCCUAUUGAUUUAGUUGGGGAGCUGCUGCCUGCUGCUGAUGCCGAGUCCGAGUGGCAGGAUCCAGCCCUACAGCGGCUGAUAUCCGUGACCAUGGGCACAAACCCUUUACUCUCCAGCUAGCCCCACUGAAAUCUGCUGAGGUUAACUCUGCACGAGCUGUUUGAGAGGAGAUGGGUUUUCAAAGCAUGGCCCUGAACUAGGAGCACAUUUUUUUAAUUUCUGUUUGCAGCGUCCCGUGGCGGAAGUUUACUUUUCACUUGGUGGAGCUGGUGGUGGAGAAAGUCAAAUGAGUUUCCUAAUCUGGUAUGUUCUAAAUCUGGUUUGUCUCAAAUACAGCCUGAGAGAUACGUGGUGCAAGUGGCAAAAUAACUGCCAGCACACAGAUGCAUGUCCUCUCGGGGCAAAUACAGCUGACUUUUAAAGUAAGUGUUAAAUCUCAUCCUUGGUAUGAAGGGACACAGGCCUGUAGCUCAGGUAUGGGGAGAGAUAUUUUAAGGUGGGCUGUGGAAGCAAACUCACCACUGAGCUUCUGACCCGCCGUACACGUCCCUUUUUAUCUGCUAAGUCCAAUAAUAAGCUUGUUAUUAGAAGACAUCUGUUACUGCCUGAUAACACGUACGGCGAGCAGGAGUGCAGCGUCAGUGGGCAGCCAGGGAUUUUGGCAGCUGUGGGGAGCAGCAGCUUCGUGGACUGUUUCACACCUCAUCCAGAGCUGGCGAGUCUCUCCUGUGGGCCUGCGGCUGGCUGGGAGGAUGCCAGGAGCUGGAGGCACGGGCUGUUCCAACGCAGAGCUCUGUCAUGCCAGCCGGUGUUCGUGUGUGCUGAAGCAGCAACGCGUGCAGGAGCAGCGCCUCGUCACCCCACAGCCAGCCCCCUCGGUGUGGGCACGGUGGGACUCCCAACAUACCUCCCGGGCAGGGAGCGGAGCGGCUGGGGGAAACUCGCUGUGCACCAGGCUCUGCCUUUUCCUUCCUUCCGCAUCUCCAGGAGAUGCAAUGCACACACCGGUUUCUUGCCCCCAAGCCUCCCUGCCUGAAGAAAAACAUUCAAGGAGACUCUGUGUGAGCUGAAUGUGAGCGUCAGAAGGUUUUCCCCAAAGUCAUUGCUGUAGGUAAUGUAUAUUUAUGAGCGGAACAAAGUGGGCCAUAGAUACUUUCAAAGGCUGCUUUCCUCUCUGGGUGGCUCGGUAUUUAGGCAAGUAAGGAGGGGAGAUGCUGUCCAGACCGCGUUUAGUUUAGUGGUGGCAGAGCAGGCUGGUGCAGGGGAGGUGGCAAGCAUCCCUCCGCCGCCAGCCGUGGGCACUGCUCCAGGGCAGCCGCUGCCUGUGGGUCAGGAGAUGGUGUCACUGCUGUGCACCAGUAUGUCCCAGUGAGGCGCACAGCCCUGUUCAGCCAUGAGGCUGGGUCCAUACCGCCACGCGUGCCCUGCAGCCCAGCCUGUGGCUGGGGAAGGGGCUUUCCAGAGAGGGAAAUUAGGGACAGAAAGUGAGUUUUGGAGCACGUGGAUUUGCACCAGAUUCUGCGCUGUUUAUGUAUGAGCAACGCUGUGUGUAUAUUUGAUGUCAUUUCCAGCGUGAUCAAGCUGACACCUAGAUUAGCUUGCGGCACUGAAAAUACAAGGCGUGAUGUGGAGGAAAGGCCAGUUUGCUUUCCUGCUGGCAGUUGCUUGAGUUUCUGAGGCUGAUUAGGUGUGUAGCCCGCAUUUGCACAGGCGUAAGAAAACUGCAUACAGUCACUGGUUUGUGGCCAGUGGUGGUCAGCAUUGGCUGGGCUGGGCUGCUGAUGGAUCCAAAUUGCAUUUUGUGCAGGUGCCAUGGCUUUUCAGCUAAUGUUUUCGGCCACUGCGGAGCACCAGCAUUCUCUAUCUCUGAUCAUGUAUCUAUAUAUGUACAUAUAUAUGUAUAUAACUUAGUGGGCCAGAUUUCAUGCUCUAUGUUGCCUGGCCUAAGUGCCAAACUGCUUCUCUUGUGGAAGGCAUUUCAAGAAAGGAUUGUCCUCCAGGCUGCAAAACCCGCAUAGGGUUCUGUGCAGACCUUGGUAAGAUCGUUUUUUCCUGUGGCCAGCACUGGUCCAGCUGCUUUGGGGAAUACACUGGUUUCGUUUGCCCUUGCCAUGUGAAUUUGAGAUUUGUUAAGGACAAGGUUCCUUAACCGCUGUCUAUUUCUGUGGUUGUGUCGAUCUUUGUAAAGACUGUCAGGUAGCCCAGAUCUUGUUGAACAUGCCUCAGAUGCAAUAUACUUCCCAAAGGGCCUCUGUUGAGCUGGAUUAUUUCAGCCAGGACUCCUCAAGAGGAGUGAGGAAUGCCACACCUGGCCAAUAAUUUGCUGUAGCCAAUGUGUGAGUUUGCUUCAAUGAGAGCAGGAUUUUUGCUCAUGGAUCAAACAUCAAAGGUUUCUUACAUAAUGCAACAUCUUUUAACAUUGGUAAAGUAUUAGGUCAUAAUCAUGUAGCACUCUGAUAUGUUUUAUUAUUCUAUUUUAUUUCUCAAUGUGGUUCAUCUCAACCCAAGUGAUUCCCUAGCCUUGCAGAAAAUCAUAAUGCAGAUGACUUUAUGCAGCGGUGAAUUUGGGCUGCACCCCACGCUACAGCAUCCCAAGCAGGAGUGGCCAGCUUUCCCGAAUCCUAAUCUCCACACCAAAUCUUUCAGGCUGCUGUGAGCUGCGAGACUCAGAGAGCCGAGGAGAGAGGCAUCUCCGGCAGGUUUUGUAGGCACGAGCCUGCCAAGGGAUGGGGCUGGGCUGGGCAAGCAGAGCCUGUUGUCUCGCACCCCACGCUUUGCUCCAUCAGUUGGCCAGUCGCUCACUCUGGGGGGCCGUGGGAGACAGCAUUCUUUAAUGGAUGCUUUCGCUGUGAAAAUACAGAGCACAGCUGUCGAAACAGAGUCUCUGGUGAGGAAUUUACAGCACCUGCCAAUGUGCGGUGUUCAUGCGUUGGCAGCGCGUGCACACACGCUCACACGUAGCACAGGUCUGCUUUUAUGUGUCUGUGUGGGGCAACCAGGAUACAUACGUAGGUAUCGUUUUUCCAUUGCUGCUUCAUUGUAGGGAUUUUCACUCUUCUGUUAGUUUCCGUUGCCUUUUUUACCUCCUCCUCCAAAAAUAUAGUGUGCUUGCUUGCCUAUAUGAAGCUGAUUUUUCAAGGCAACAAUUAAAAUUUCAGAUUUCAGAUGAUUGAGCUACUUCUUUUGCAGUGAAAGCUGGCAAGAAGGGAACAGAAUAGAGAGUUUGAAAGCAUGGAGGUCAUUUCAUACCAGGUUUGUGCAGGGAUAAAUUCUCUCGAGCGCCAUGCUUUAUGGCAUUACCUGCUCGGAGAAGCCAGGGCUGCGGGUUUCUGAGCAUCCUCCUGGGAGCGAGCUUGCCGUUUGUCAGCAUUUGCACUGGCAUGAGCAACGAAGGUUUUUACAGCAAAACCACACUGAUCAGCUCUGGUUGUGCUCCUUGCCACCCCUCCCCAGGCUUCCAGGGGAUCUGUCUUUCCUGUCACUCAGGAUAACGAUUCCCUGCUGGCAGCACAGAGAUCCAGGGAUGCGCUGUAAUCUUGCCGAGAGUUUGAUUCCCCAGCUGGGACUCCCAGGUUUAUACAGCCAGGCGGUAGAUGGUCAUUGCACUUAAGCUCGUACGUUGGUGUGCUGAACCACUAAAUGGGCUGAAGGGUCUCUUUUUGUCUGGAAAUAGCCUUGUGUCUGGAAAUAGCCUUGAUUCUUGGAGUGGCAAAAUCUAUGGAUUUCAUCACGUAAAUUGGUUUAGAUUUAACUCGAUCCACCUAUUCAAUUCUAAAAGCUUUCUUUUUUGUUUAAGCGUGGAUUAAUAAUUCAUUCCCAAUUUGGGGGUUAGCGCAAUGGAUAUUUAAUUGUAAAUGUGUAUCUUUAAUUAGAACUCGGUACGUGGAUGCAAAAUUCCUUAUCUUGUAGUUUUUCAAAAGCACACCUAUUAAACCACAGCUUUGCCCUUCAAAAAUAUUUUCCCGUGUAUUUAAAUGUCUGAAUGACCUUUUAAUCAGACACUGCACCUUUACUUCCAGCUGAUAUGACAACGUCUGACAGUAACUCAACCUGAUGCUGCAAGAAAAUAAAUAAAGGCCAUCUCAGUCACUAUGUCUUUAAAUCUCUCUGUCUAGCUGUGGUUUUGUGUUUAGGCAGAUGGACCCACAGCGGAGUAUUACAUUUAGUUUUCAGGUGAAGGCAAUCUAUUGGGUUUAAUACAUUUGCAUGUUUGGCUGCUCUUUUGAGGUCAAUUUAGUCGGAUGAUUGUUUCCUGUCAUUCUGAACUCCAGCCUUUUCUGCAGUCAACCUCUUUAUAAAUUAUAAAUCUGUAUACCUCGCUCUCAGCAGCCAUCUUACAGCCCACACAGACCGGUGCGGAUGGUCUAGCAACUGCAUUAGCUCUCCUCGGUGUACCUGGGGAGGAGGGCUGCUGCGCUUUGUCACUACUUGUGCUUAGGCUAAACACACAUAAUGGGGCAGAACAGGGACUGGUAAGGGUGGAUAGGAGCAAUUCCUACUUUUGGACCACCGGCACAAAGAAAACUCAUACUGGUGAGGGCGAUUGUAUUCAACAGACCAGCUCAUUGUCUUUGAAAGUUAAUUUUCGGAUGAUUUAUUAAACCCUAAUGUUUGCGGAGGGGGAGAGGGUAUUGAAUUGACCACAGGUCAGAAUUCUGGUGACACAGCAGAAGUAUUUUCAUCUCUGGUAUUUUCAUGGGCAUGAGCGAUAAACAUAACAAUAACAGCUCCCUUUUCAUACGGCUUUUACAAAAAGAGGAGCUGUGUACUGCUUGAGGCUGACUAUCACAAAAUGGGCUAAUUAUUCAACAAAAAAUACUUGCCAUACUAAUAAGCAGUUCCCUGGAAUUCCGAAAGAUAUAUUCUGACUUCAAGUACAAGGCACACUGUAUACUGCAGGGUCCAUGGUUUGGGGAUUUUUGUCAAAAAAAUAGGAAAAUGUGUAAAAGCUCUUUCCUGAAACAAAAAUGGAAGAAUUCCUUCAGAAAGAGACAUGGUAUUUGUAUAUGACACUAGCAAAAUCAGUGAGAACUCUUUCAUUACAGGUAUUUAUUUGCAUAUUUCCAGAGUUUUGUUUUUAGGGGAAUUUAAUCAGAUGUGAUGCUACUAUUUGUGGGCAGUUGUUAGUGAAACAGGUACUUGUGAGCUGAGACUGACUGAUACAAAGUCAUCUCAGGGCUUGCUCUCGCCUCCCUGGUCAGUGCGUGGUCAUUAGUUCUGGAGGAGAGACGUGGGUCUAGAUGCAUGGGUUCAAGGGCACUUUCAUCAUCUUUUGACUUUGAAGGAAAUUGAGGGCAAGAAGUACCUCACGGCCCCUGCAGGCUCAGCGCCUCAGUCUCUCAUGUAUGUGGUACUUUAAAGCUGUGAAGGGAAUUUUCCUGGACUCAGAUGUGUAUGGAGGCACCUGAAUGCAAGUGGGUAUCAUUUGUGGGGGACAGCAGGCGGGGGAAGGAGGGAGGGUGUCAGCUCUGCAAGCAGACUAUUUCUGUGUAAGCCAGGGUCUAGCAUGCAUGCAAAAGGAAGCACAGGGGCAGUCUGGGCAGCCCCCCCCCCCCGCAGUCAGCAGGAUGUUUCCCUCGCUGAAAUGAAGUCAAGGAUGUGCUUAAGUGCUUUCUGCAUUGCAACCUAAAUGUGGAAUGAGGUGACUGGCCUGAGAUUUGAAAAUGCCGACCUCUGCUCCCAAGGCGUCCGUAGACAGAGCACAGUUUCUGAAUGACAGAUCAAUGCCUUCAUUAUUCCCUGAUCAAAAGAAGUGUUCUUGCCAAAGCGUGUGUCUAACCUGCAAACCCACCAAGCCAUGGCUGCACAUCCCAUAUGCCAAGGCACAGGCAGAAACCAUUGUACAACUGUGUGGUUGUUCUAAAAGCACUAUUUUCCAGGAGAUUUUUUUUUUUUUCUAGCAAUGUUUACAUUUCCAUGACUACCUUGUUUAACUAACUAAGGAGAAGAGAGCAUGUUAGGUGUGGUAUAUACCGAGUAUGAUGUAUCGCGUGUGAUUCUAAAAUGGGGUGUGUUUGGAGAAAGGAUGUUUUGAUUUAUUGUAGAGCAAUGUGAGGCAUCAUGUUGUUCCUAGAUAACUGAAAGUAUGCCUAAAAUGUAAAGGAAAAGAACAACUAGAAGAACUCAAGUAUGCCAAUGCCGCAAAAGAAAGCUUAACUUGUUUUCUUGCUUUUUUUUUAGAGAACACCUGUUCCCAGCGCUGAAGCAUUCCGAUGGUUCUUUUAAGCAGUAGUGUAUCUUAUUUUCAAGGCAGUCCGAAGUGAAUGGCAAGCUAAAGUCUUGUUUUAAGAAACUGCUUAGUCCACCAUUGAAGAAUAUACUCAGAUACUAUUUUCAUUUAUGUAUAGGGGUUUCCUCAAAAGCAAAAGACAAAAAUCUGGGAGCCUGGGGAAUUGGCCAGCUUCUUCACAUUCAGUACACUGAUUCCUUCUUUGAUGUAACUUAGCUAUACUAGUGAAGUUGUUGUCUAUUUUUAAAGUGGCUGUAAAAAAAAAAAAAAAAGUUUGGGUAAACCCCUGCUAUAAAGUCAUGUAUCUUUGAAAAGUAACAUAUCUAUACUUCAUUUUCAAAUAUAUGUGUUUCAGUACUGUAAACUGUACAGAUAGCCGCUUGUAUUUUGUGUGUUUAGACACAAGGAGACAAUCAUGUCUGAGCAUCUAUGGAGAUUAACGGUUUGUACACAACGGUGUGGUUCUGCGAGUUAAAUCCGGAGCAAUAAAAUUCUAGCUUUAACUAUUAUUUUGCUCGUUGUUUAGCAGCAGCAGCAACAGCAGCACUGUUUUACCAUGCAUCCUUCCAUAGAGACUUGAUGCCAAGUUUUCCAAGAUCAAAAGAUUGUGACACAUCUAGCAAUUACCUUCCGUUGUGGUGGUGUAAGAGGGGAAGACGUAACAUUUAAAAUUAAUCUUUCAAGCACUGUAUUAGCGUAGUGGUUUGUACACUUGCAUUGCUUCUAAAGGAGCUUUACAUUGGGGUAUCUCUCCAGAAAUGCUGUCUGGUGUCUGACUUGCUUUUCACUGUGCCCUGACGUGGAGUGCCCAGCAUAGGCAGAUGGGCAAAACCAGUCGUCUAUACAAAGGUUGUUCUAGGAUGCAAAACAAAGUGAGUAUGAGACCUUAGAAAAAACUAUGAUUCAGCCUAAUUACCCUUCAUCUAUGAGUUCUUAUGUAAUAUUUUCAGUCAAUGGAGUAAAUAUUUUAUUAAGUGGAAUGCCAUAUUUUUGGUCCAAGUGGAACUCUUUAUAACAGUUAAGUGAGUUUUGACAGUUGGACUGGUUUUGGUCUCGCACUUGUGUUCAUUUGAGAGCCUGGAUAUUUUUGCAGUAUAAAAAUGAACUUUAAAAAAAAAAAGUUUUAAAAAAAGACCGCUUUUCCCUUCACGUUUCUUGGUUGACUGAUCUCGGCUUUGCUGAACGGCCAGUCCCUUAGGCCCACAGAAGAAUGCUCUGCCGUUCUUCCUGCUCUAGCUGCGCAGAGGAGAUGCCUGCUCCUUGGAAAGGCAGCGCACGGAGGGAUAUAACUCACAUGUCAUAAAAAAUAUGGAGGAUACUGAACUUAGGGAUACUUAUCAGUUGAUCAUUGCUUUUUAUUGCUUGGCUUCGUCAUACCACUCAUGAGCGAGAAGGCCAUCCCAUCAAAGUAAACGAAUGCUGUUGUGCCAUGUAUUUGAUAGAUUUAUCAUUUUGUACAAGAUAGGACUACCAGUAGUUUCACAGACAAGGUGCUGGGCAUGGAAAUAACCAGAUAAUGAUGCACAGCAUGUUCCAAUCUGCUGUCGUUUCAGCACUUUCUCCAUUUUUGGCCAAGUACUUCGGCCUUUGGCCCCUGGUCACAUUCACUUGGUGAAGAACAGGGGAUGGGCUGGGAAUGCUGCGGUGUGGGACCUAUGCAGGCAGGGGGAAACGCCAGCUUUGGCAGGGGUGGGGGGAGCUCACAGGACUGGCGGAUGUUGGGAAUGGCCCAGAAAGCGAAGACUGAGGGAUGGAGGAGCAGAAACCUCCUGAGGUCACUCGUGUUGGGUCAGCAGGGCUGGGCAGAGCAUGGAUGACACAGGAUAGCUGGGGGAGCGCGGGCGGGCUGGGCUUACACCUGCGUCCUCAACUUAGGGUCAAUGCCUGUGCCUGUGUCUUUGCGUCGUAUGACCUCACAUACCUGGCUUCAGAGAUGGAAUGUCACACUUGAAAUGCUUCUAUCAUGGUGCCCCUCUUACAGUUUGUGAGAGAUCCUCAGUUGAAUACUCAACCCAUACCCAUUCAAUGAGCUUUACGUCUGUUUGUAUGGCAGCCGUGUACAGAUUUUUUUUGUGUUGGAAACUUUUUGGUUAGGGCCUCUGUUACUGACCACUAGGCCAAUAUGAGCUCUGUAAGGCCUUCUCUACCAAAAUGCUGGUUGAUUUACAAACUGAAGCCUUAUUUGCACAUUUGGCUGGUAAGCUUGCCUUGCUUUUUUGGAAAACUGUGAUUGCUCUUACAGAAGCAGAGGCAAAAUUAAGUUCAGGCUACAUUAGGUGUACAAAGAUAUUCAUAGCAAUGUACUUACUGUCUAAUACCCUAAUGUUGCAUGUCUUGAUGUGGUUUCUUUUUUUGUUUUGUCGUUUUGUUUUAAAGAACUGAUGGAUCUGUAUAUUGUAAUUGUGGUGUUUUACAUGUCAAUUCAAAAUUGUUAAAACAAACAAACAAACAAACAAGCAAACCUGUUAAUUACUGAAAAUGAACAAGAGUUGAUUUUUCUUUGAUUUACCUGUAUGGUUUUAAUUUUGGAUGUUGUUUCUUUGCACCAUCAGAUUUUUAGAUUUUGCUGAAACAGUAUUUAUAUGAUGUAGUGCACAUAGAGCAUUUUAAUUAGUGAUGUUUGAAGAAGGAAAUCCCUUUUCUGGCCUGUCUCUCUCCACUGCAGCCCUACCCCCCAGUUUACGCACAUAUUUGUCAAUUGGAUUAUUGUCCAGUUCUAAUUACCAAAUUUGUGCUUUUCACAAGGUCCGGUACCGUUUUGCAGUGUGAAAAUUUGUAUUCCACUCUGUCUUUCAUUCUCAUGAUGUAAAAAAAAAAACCCAAAGCACAAAGCGGGGGAGGUGGCAAAAAAAAGGCAGAACAUACUUUUGCCAUCUUCUAGGUGUGAGCACUAAGCCUAAUGGAAGCAUUUUUGGCAUACCCCAGAUAAACUUACGAAAAAUGGUAAGGCUGAAAGGGAGGCACACAUACCCAUUCUGUCAAUUAAUAACAGACCCGCCCUAUGAGGGAAAAUACUCGCUUUUGUACAGAACCCCUGGUUUGUAAGUCCUACAAUUAAUGUUAAAGAAUAUAAAGUCUUUAAAUGGGCUAUAUCUGUAAUCAAAUAAUGAAGAAAGAAAGUAGUUAAAUGAACAUACUAUUCAGGGUCGAAUGCAUUCAGCAAAAAGCAGUAGUGGGUCUUUGAUCAUGGUUAGAUGCAUAGCGAUAUCAAACAGUGGGUUCUCAUGUAACAGCUAAAUGUUUCAGAUUUUGUUUUUAUUAAAUUUGGCAGUUUCACGCUGAGCUCUACUGUAUUCUUAGUGAAUAAAAGACAGCUCCUAUGUUAGAAAGUACUCCAUUUUCACAAUUGCAGGGAACUAGGAGGGUUUUUUCAGAAACACAGGCCACAGAAAUGUACUCCUUUCACAGUGUUCUCCUAUUUCUGAACUGUGCAGUUAUCUAUUAAAUUUUCUAAUAGAUAUUUGUGUAAGGUGUAUGUAUGCUUGUGCAAUUAUGGAAAAAAAACAGUUUUGGAAAACAGUGUAUUUAUGAAAAAAAUAAUCACUUAUGGGGCAUGUACAAAACUGUAUAAAGACAUUCAAUUUGCCCAGUAAAGUUGUUUUUGUGAUAUUUCUGUGUUGUUGAAUAAAGGACUUUAGUAUUCAAAA